GUUUUCCAACAUUACAGCUUCCUCGCCCCACAGGGCCCUCUGUGACAGAAGAGAGGCAGCGUUAAACCAUCACAUCCUCAAACAUGAACGCCUGCCACACUUUGAUCUGCUUCCUCUUCCUCACGCUGCAGGAUGGAAACGGUGGUCUCAUCAACGCAGAAAACCUCGACCGUACAGGAACUGAAGGAGGAGACAUCACAGUCAGAUGCUCCUUUUCUUUCUCUGGAUAUAGGAGGCUCUUCUGUAAGGGAAGAUGUGAAGAAGGAAACAUUCUGGUUGAAACGACCGAUGACACAGCUCAGAGAGGCAGAUACAGCAUCAGAUAUGAGGAAGGAUUUUAUCCAGCAUAUUCUACAAUUCUGUAUGUGAGCAUCACAAAGCUGACUAAGUCUGAUGCUGGAUGGUACCAAUGUGGUCUGGACAGAUCUCUACAUACCUCCAACACAUACAAGGACUUUAGGAUCACAGUUAAAGAAGCUCCAACAUCUUCAAAACCAGAAGUGACUCUCCGACCUUUUCCAACAUCAGUCCGAUCAGCCUCCUCCCUGACCUCAACUCAGAGUCUGAGCUCCGUACCUUCAUCAGCCUCCCCUGAACGCACCAUGCAGCCUCAAACAGUACCGACAGCUUCAGAUGGUCCAGGUGUGGUUCUGUUUGUGCGUCUGUUUCUGGUCGUCGUGAUCAUCGUAAUAUCAGCGUCUGUGCUGAUAUUCUGCAAGAGGAGGGCCAGGAAACCCAGAGAAACUGCUGAGGAAGCUGAGUAUGUUAAUGUCACAGAGGCUAACAGAGUGUGUGAGGAGGUCAGAGAGGAGGUCAGAGGGAGCAGAUCUCCUCCUGCAGAAAUGUCUGUUCUCUCCCCUUCCCACAGCAGCCAGUUCACAGAAGACAGUAAGCAAACACUGAGAUAUGACUGAAGCUACUGAAGGCAAACUCACCUACUUUGAGGAGGAUUUUUCCAUCAGUGCAGCGGCCGUCGCUCCACAGAUAAGGUCCUCUACUUCGUCCUUUGGGUAGAAGCGCGUUUGGACGUCUUUUCCUCUGAACUCCACUGUUGCUAUACAUACGUUUAAGCUUCAACUCAGUUCAUUUGUAGGGUUUGUAUUAGUAAACAAAAGCUAUUUGGUUUUUAAUUUGCAAGUCACAUAGUCUAAAUUAUAAUAAUACAUUUUAUUGAUCAAACACUUUUACAGUCGCUCGAAGAAGUAAACCAUAAAUCAGCUCACAACAAAAAGCUGAAUGAAUUAAAACCAACACAGAUAUGUACAUAUUUCAGUGAAGUUGAACCUGAUAUGAAUUCAAAUGUAAACUUCUUUCAAUACAUAUUUUAUCGAGCUUUUAUCUAGAGAGAAAAAAUAAAUUAGAAGCUAGUCUGUCGCAACAUUAUACACUGCCCGACCCAAAAAAAAGUCACAAGCCUGUGGGGGCAGUGCUAUGAUCUGGGGUUGCUGCAGUUGGUCUGCUCUAGUUUCAGCAGUGUGCCCAAAGAAUGAAGUCAGCUGACUACCUGAAUAUACUGAAGGACCAGGUUAUUCCAUCAAUGGAUUCUUUCUUCCCUGAUGGCACGGGCAUGUUCCAAGAUGACAAUGCCAGGAUCCAUCGGGCUCAGAUUGUGAAAGAGUGGUUCAGGGAGCAUGAGACCUCAUUUUCACACAUUGAUCGGCCCCCACAGAGUCCAGACCUGAACCUGAUGGAGAAUCUUUGGGAUGUGCUGGAGAAGACUUUGCACAGUGGUCCGAAUCUCCCGUCAUCAAUACAAGAUCUUGGCGUAAAAUGUAUGCAAGACAUAAGUAAAUGUUGUGACGUUGCAGAAGCUCGUGGAAACGAUGCCACAGCGACUGUGUGCCGUAAUCAAAGCUAAAGGCGGUCCAACGAAUAUUAGAGUGUGUGACCUUUUUUUUUGCCAGGCAGUGUAUUAAUGUUAUGGGUUGUGUGUAAAAUGUGAUAGUAUAGAAUACCAUUACAAGGUGUCAGAGUAUAAUAUGUAAAAUAUAUAUAUUAUAUUACGGAUUUCAGUUUUUUAUUCAGAUUUUCUUUUGUCAAUAUUUCUCUUUUAUAUUAUUUGGCUUUUCCUUUGGCAACAAAAUCCUCCACAAAAGUCCUUAAAUGUUCAAUAGUACUGCCACAUCCUGGUUUUGUCAUAAAAAUUGUCAAAACAUUGCAUCAUAUAGUAUUUCAUGAAAAAAAUACGAUUGUUGAGCAUAGGCGUUCAUAUUUGAUACUGUAGGAUUCUGAUUUUAUGCCACAAAAAUGUUCAUUUAAAAAGAGUUUAGUAUGUUGUAAAGAUGUCAUUUCAUGUGGUUUGGGAAACUGUAUUAAACAUAAGGAAAUGUGUGAUUUGUUCCCUAGUUUUAAAGGCCUACAUGUGUGUGGGGACGCUGUGUGUGUCUAUAAAGACGCAGACACACAAGUGAGGGAAAAGGACUGGGGUAAAAGAAUGAAUUAGAACAGACGCAGUUCUUUACAUAUUUAUUGAAAAUAAACUGGACAUGAAUUGGCA